AUGGAUAUAUGAGGAGACGAUUUUUAGUUUUUAGUCACCUUUCCCGAGGUGCUCAGAGGAAUGCGAUGAGCAGGUCGUCAAAAAAAUCGAUAAAAAGCAACAGAAGGAAUCUUCUGUAACACAAGGUAUUCAUUCUUUGUGACUACUCAAUAUGUGCUCUUCUGAGACAAUUGUCAAGUUGAAUGUCGGCGGAUCUGUAUUCGAGACGUGGAAAUCGACACUGACCAAGCAGGAUGGAUUUUUCAAAACAUUAGUCGAGACGAAUAUUCCGGUUAAAAAGGACACUUCCGAUUGUUAUUUCAUUGAUCGCUCUCCAAAGUACUUUGAAACUGUGCUAAACUACAUGAGAUCCGGUGUUACAGUACUUCCAGACUCUGAAAAAGAACUACAAGAACUGAAAAAAGAAGCCGAAUUCUACUUGUUGGAGCAGUUGGUAGACUUGUGUGAACCUAUAAAUAAUCAAAUCCGAACUUAUCGCUCGUCUCAUGAAUUGCUGCAAAUCAUCGCCAGCACCAAGAAGCCAGUAGUUGUGAUUAACUACAUAACCCAUAAUAACGAUAUCAUAUACAUCCCAGAAGGAUUUCGAUUCGAUGAGUUUGUUAAGAAAAACAGUUCAGUGGUAGAAAUCUAUUUUCAACCAAUGGAUAAUCGAGAACCUCUGCCAAAAGAUUUAAGGAGACAUCGCGGAAUGAAAUAUUACCCUGAACCAGUUUGGAGUUAUCGCAUCUACAACAGUACGCAUUCAGGUUGCGUUGAUUUAACAGCUAUGGAUGAUCUACAGAAGAAAAUCGAUAGUAUUUUGAACGGAGAAUGAAUACCCACAUAUUAUUUAAUAUUUCAAAUGCAUUUAUCAAAUUUUUUACAUUUGUUUUAUAAUGAAAAUUCUCG